AGUUAGUACUCCAGAGCAGGGGUGGAAAGGUCUAGUGGGGGGGGGGGGAGGAAAGUUCUUUUUUUUUUAAAGAUGCUUCGGUACCAGAGUGACAGCUGUCCUUUCAAGCAGAGGAAAAGUUUAGUCAUUCGGAUGCGUGAAGCAGCUGAUAUCAGGACAAAGUAUCCAAGCAAGAUCCCGGUGGUGGUGGAGCGUUAUCAGAAGGAGAAAGCUCUCCCACAGCUGGAUCGAAUCAAGUUCCUGGUUUCCCAGGAUAUAUCUAUGUCUCAAUUUAUCUUCACUCUGAGGAGCCGCCUGUCCCUGACGGCCACCCAAGCCUUCUACCUGCUGGUGAACAACAAGAGCCUGCCCUGCUUAAGUCUGACUAUAUCGGAGGUCUACCAUGACAACAAGGAUGAAGAUGGCUUCCUCUACAUGACCUAUGCUUCUCAAGAAAUGUUUGGCAAUAGUGGCUACUGCAAUGGCCAAUGAAACCAUUCCGGGGAAGGCCUCUGCAGCCCAUCAUUUUGUCCUCCUCCCCCCCCUUUCCUUGCGAGGCAUAGUUCUAAAAAGGAUUUUAAAACUGCUUUUUGUGCAAGAGUGGCAUGGGAGAAGAGUAUUCACAAUAGGCCAGGAUUUGCUUUUGUGACUUUGUCCCUGAAUUAACUGCCUUGCAUUUUCUAUCUGCCUGAAAAGACUCCCGGAUGAUGUGGUACUUUUAGGGUCAUAUACUUUCUUAACCAACUCUGCAGGGUCAUUACUUUAAUCCACUGCCAGCUUAUUCUUUUAAACUAGUUUCUUCCCUUAUCUCUUUAUAUAUAAAAAGCCUCACUUCUUUUGCACAGAGAACAUUUGUCCAUUUUUUUAUUUUAAACAAAGCUGAUUGGCCUAAUGGGUAUCUGGAGUGUUCCACAAGUGGAAAUUUUAACUGCAUAGCUGUUUUUGUUACUGAAUCUUUCUUCUUUCAUUUUAAAAAAAAUCUCUUUCUGUCAAGACUGCAAUAAAGGAAUAAAUGGGCACAAUUACACUCA